AUGGCAGUUCAAGCUCAAUACCCAUCAAAUGUUCUCUUUCUAAAUAGAAGUGUACAAGAAGGAAAGAGCCAAAUUGGUAACAAUUAUUCAUCAUUAGUACUAGAACAAACUCAACAACAACAACAACAAAGUGGAGUUUUUGGUGAAGAAUCAUUUCUUGAUCCUACACAAAUGCUAUUCAAUCCAGCAGUUGAGGCGAAUUCGCGAAAAAGAAGAAGAGAGAAUACCUUAGCUACUACAACAACAACAACAGAGACGAGGAAUCCAUUAAUGUCGAUCCAAUCUCAACAUCAACUGAUCAAUCUUACUCAACUUCACAACAACAAUUCAUCGCAGCACCAGCACCAGCAACACACAAAUAUUGUAUCUACUGGCCUUCAAUUAGCUUUCGGAGAUCAAUUGCAUCAUCAUCAUCAACAACAACAUUCUGUUUCUCAUCUAUCUCUGCAUCAUCAAUCAUCAACAAUAACAGACGAUUUUCUGGCCUCUCAUAUCAAACGACAACAACAUGAAAUUGAUCACUUCCUCCAACUCCAGGGAGAACAAUUGAAGCGUACGUUAGAGGAGAAAAGGAAGCGUCACUAUCAUGCGCUGAUCGGAGCAGUGGAGGAAUCAACGGCGAGGAGGCUGAAAGAGAAGGAAACGGAGGUGGAGAAAGCGUCGAGGCGGAAUACGGAGCUGGAGGCGCGUGCAUCGCAGCUGAUCGGGGAGGCGCGUGCGUGGCAAGUAAAGGCUUGUGAACAGGAAGUGACGGCGGCGACGCUGCAAGCUCAGCUACAGCAGGCGAUGGUGAACGGCGGUAGAAUGAUUCCGCCGGAGGGAAACGGUGGCGGAGAGGCGGAGGAUGCUGAGUCGGUUUAUGUUGAUCCGGACCGGGUUGUUGAGUCGACCGGCCGGCCGAGUUGCAAGGGUUGUAGAAAACGGUUCGCUUCAGUUGUGCUUUUGCCUUGUAGGCAUUUGUGUCUUUGUAUAGAAUGUGAUGUUGUGGCCCAAUCUUGCCCAUUGUGUAGAUCCAUUAGAACCUCAAGUGUUGAGGUUUUUCUUUGUUAGUGGCCCAAAUAGAAAGCCCAAUUUUAGGCCCAACUCCUCAUCUCAACUCAUAGCGUCUUCAUCACCGAAUAAAUCCUCCUCAUCAUCAUCCGUAAGAUGAAAGAACCUCAAUCAUGUUGGACCUUCGAACUUUAUCGUGUAAAAACAGAUAUUUAAUUCGUGAAUUGAUACUUAUCUCCAUAAUAAGUUCCUCAAGUUGAUCA